CUAGGGAAUCCCAGAAAAAGCCAGAGAGCCAUUAUUUUCCCGAGUCGGUUUCACUUUCUAUGUAUUUUCCUUCCUACCCAUUUUCCCUCCCUUUAAAUUCCCAGACCCGUUCUUUUCUCCCCCAAAUUUCAGUUUCCUUCCCUCCAAACAAAAAAAGCUCUCUUUACACUUCUUAGAUUAGAUUCUCAAAUUCGUUUUUUCCUUCCCAUAGAAGAUCUUCUUCUCAUAGCUAUGGAGUGCAGACCUCUGGACAUAACCUUAAUCUCGGCGACGGACCUGAAGGACGUCAAUUUCCUCUCCAAGAUGGACGUCUACGCCGUCGUUUCGAUCUCCGGCGACUCCUUCUCAAAAUCCAAGCAGAAGACCCACGUCGAUAAGGACUCCGGCCCAAACCCUAGGUGGAACUACACCAUGAAGUUCACCGUCCCCGACGCCGCCGCCAAGCAGAACCAGCUCACCCUCAAGAUGAAGCUCGUCUCCGACCGCAGCUUCGGCGACAAGGAGAUCGGCGAGGUCCACGUCCCGAUCAAGGAAUUGCUCGACAAUUACGGCGACGAGAAGUCGGAGAACCUCGUCACCUACAACGUCCGUUUGCCGAGCGGCAAGUCCAAGGGGACCCUAAGUUUCUCCUACAAAUUUGGGGAGAAAUUCACGGCUCCGCCCGCUGGGUACCCGGACCCGCCGUCCGGUGGACAUCCGGCGCCGCCGCCUCAGCAAGGGUACGGUUAUCCGCCACCCGCUGCGGCACCGGGAUACGCUUAUCCGCAGUACCAGGCGGCGCAGCCCGGGUACGGGUACGCGAUGCCGCCGCCGCAGAAGCCGAAGAAGGGCUUCGGAGGUAUGGGGCUCGGACUCGGAGCGGGUUUGCUGGGCGGGUUGUUGAUUGGGGAUAUGGUGUCUGAUGUAGGCGAAAUGGCUGCUUAUGAUGCUGGUUUUGAUGAUGCUGGCUUUGAUUUCUAGUUUUUUUUUUUUUGUUUUUGUUUUUUUUUUUGCACCCAUUUAGUGCAGUACUGUAAACGGAAGGGUUGAAGUUUUUCUGAAUGGUAUGGAAAUGGAAUAAAAGUGGUUUUUAUAUUUCUCGUGUUUUGUACA